GGAAGUAUGUGGCCUGUUUGGCAAAUGCUGCUCUACAUGACAGCGUGAACUUCACAACACACUCAUUCGACCGGCUGCUCCUCGACUUGAUCAGCUAAACCUUGCUGGCAGCAUGAGAGCAGUAUUAUGACUACGGCUUUUAUGAGAGAUACUGCAACCUGGAAUAGCAUGCCUAGCAUUUAAAGUUCUGAAAGAGCUUUGACGGAAUUAGAGAGCGCAAUGGGAAAUACCAUGAAAACACCAAGAGCCUCCGAAGAGACAAAUGUGCCGAGCCAAAUGGGUCAAGAGAGUGAUUUCCUUGCUGUCCUCUAUGACUAUCCUUCGUCAGACAUAAGUCAACCUAUAUUUCAUGUAGGGGAAAAACUACGUGUGCUAUCAGAUGAGGGAGGUUGGUGGAGAGUCCAUUCCCUUACAACAGGUCGAGAAAACUAUAUUCCAGGAAAAUAUGUAGCAAAGGUUUACCAUGGCUGGUUAUUUGAAGGGUUGGGAAGAGAAAAAGCAGAGGAACUCCUAUUGCUACCCAACACCAAGGUCGGCUCCUUCAUGAUCAGAGAGAGUGAAACUAGGAAAGGGUUAUAUUCCUUGUCAGUGCGGCACAGGCAAGUGAAACAUUACAGGAUCUUCCGCCUUCCAAAUAACUGGUAUUACAUCUCUCCACGACAAACCUUUCAGUGCCUUGAAGACCUUGUGAAUCACUACUCAGAAGUUGCUGAUGGUCUCUGCUGUGUCCUUACAACACCUUGUCUUACCCAGUGCACUAACAACAGUGUAAUGAACCAAGUUCCUCCUGUGGUGAUGCGGAAUAAAAACUUUAACUGGAGAAAUAUUCACAGGCUGGAGGUGACUGAAAAUACUGAAAGCACCCUGGCAGCAAUGGAUGAUUCUUGUCUUAGCUAUGGAUUGAGAGAAAGUAUCGCUUCCUACCUCUCCUUAACAGGGGAUGACAACACUUCUUUUGCCAGUGCCAGAAAGAAGAAAGCCCAAUCUUUUAUAUACACAGGGUGCAAACGCAAGAGUACCCUUCACUUGCCACCUACAUACUAUGAAGACUAAAUGUAAGACAACCAGGAGGGCGAAACUGAGGAGUUAGAAGAGAAACCCAGAGCAUCCUGUGGUCCUGCAGCCCUUCAACAGCCAAGAGGCAGAAGCACACCAGCUGAUGAUCAAACACUGGCAAUGCUUCUGAAUAUUAACCAGAGACCUCCUUAAGGAUGCUAUCUCAGCCACGGCAUAUGCUGGGAACAUCCCCAGUGCACCUGAUACUAGAACCUGGUCACAAGCAGGGUAAACUGAGUUAGACUCUAAGUCAAAAGCCAAGUGAGGCAGAUGACUCUUCACCAAGGGUGAUGUCCAGCACUGUACAAAGGUGACUGCAUAGCGAAGGACUGACUACAGCUCAAGAGCUUAAAUUAAGUCUUACUCUGGUAUUCUCCACAAUGCUGAAAACCAUCUUUACAGAACUACCUACAUUGAAAAAAUGAACCUUUUUCUUCUCCAUAAGGAGAAGGUAGUGGCCUGUAGUGUCACAAAGUGGUCAUAAAAUUAAGAACAGGAUUAACUCACUGAGAAAAGCAGUUCUUGUUUAGCCCUGAGCUGAGAGUACAAGCAAAAGCCUAACUCAGCUGCUCAUAAUCUACCAGAUAUAAAACAGAGAACAAAGAGAUUUUUAAUUGAAAAUAAAAUGUAUAUUUUGCAUAUAUAUAUAUGUUAGGUAUACUUAUACAUACCUAACUGCAAAGGUAGGCUUGUAAAGGUGUGAACUUUCAUGUGUAGAAGACCAGAUUUUAACCUCAUGUCCAGAAGGCAGCCCCAUAUUUAUGUACAAUAUUUAUAUUAAUAGCAGCUUUUUAAAUAAUUAAACUAAGAGAGUAAAUCAGCAACAGUGGAUGUUAGAGUUUUCUGAACUUCCUGUCUAAAGAAAGUUACGUGAAAUAGUAAUGACACAUUUUAUCAAACUUCUUAAAGAUUUGUAACUGGGUUAUCUGAAAUUUCACAAAUUAGAGAAUUUUUCUAUAUAUAUGUACCCUUAAAGAAGCAGUUAGCAUGGUCCUUUGAACCUGACUUGGCAUUGAUUUCUAAAUCAAGUAGUCACAUCUCCGGGUGUAAAAUGCUGCAAUCCAUGUUCUUGAGUCAAGAUCUUUCCAAUCUAAUAUUAUGUCAUACCUUUUUGCACAGAUUUGAGUAAUGAAGGUUUCAAGAGAGAUGGAAUUGGAUUUAUAUAUAUAUGUUCUCUGUAAAUACUUCUUAGCACAAAUGUGUGCCCUUUAGAUCUUGUAACAGAUCAUUUGCACUAGCAAGAGAGAUUCAGACAUCAAAAUAGUUCACAGCCUGUUUAAACAUAUUUCAGAACUUAUAGGAUGAAUGUAAUUUGUCUGGUAAACAUUGAAAACCACAAAGCAAGAUGAACUCAGGAACUCUAGGUGUUUGUAUGAUCCCAUUGCUGUUACUGAUCAUCAAUAUGUUAUGGUGACUGCGUUUUACCCAGUGAAAUAUUAUAUGGGGAGCAUUACAGAUUCUUAAGUCAUGACUUGUAUUUAUUCAUUAAAAUAAUAUCCAGUAGU